AUGCAUUGUGACCAUAUUGAAAACGAGACACGCAUAACACAAGCACCAAUAGUUAUCAUUAAAGAGAAAAUCAACCCCUUACCUUUACUUGGACGAGCAACCCUAGAAGAAUUGGGCAUGGUGAAGAUUGAUGAAAUAGGACGACUUAAAGAACCGAACAAACCCUACAGUACUCGCAAUAUUCGGAAACUACAAGAAACACAGUCCAGUGUUGACGAGCUACUCAACCACAUCAAGAUCUAUUUCAUGGAAUUGGCAGAGCGACCCGCAAUGGAGAGGAGAUUCAGUUACAUUUACCAAUGGAUGAAGACGCUGAACCAGUUGCACGAAAACCAAGACGAGAUUGCAUACCACCUAAUGGAACCUCUUUAG